AUGCCUGCGGAAAAUGACCUCUAUAAUGGCAAAGAAGUUACCGCCUCAGCCCGUGUACAAAUCCUUGAUAGUGGCAGUUUGCGUAUUGAACAGGUAACCUGGACCGAUGCCGGUGUAUACUGCCAAUUCGUUCCGUUGAACGGAAUACUUGAACUUACUUGCAAAGUUGCUGGUGAGCCCCAGCCUUUGGUCAUGUGGAAACGUGAUCCUCCUGUCCCAGUCAUUCCUUCCAACCGUGCCACGCUUCUUUCAGACGGUUCACUUCGGAUUGUAAAUGUACAGCCUGAAGAUGUAGGAAACUAUAUUUGUCAAGCGAGUAGCGAGGGAGGCGUCGUUGAGGCUGUUGCUCGUGUUGACAUCAUUAGUUCGCCUGGGUUUACUUCAACGCCACCAGGGCUUGUAGUUACCCUCGAGGGCACUACUAUACAACUACCCUGUGCUGCAUCGGGCUCACCUACUCCGGAGCUCCGUUGGAUUCGUAAAGAUACUUCGAAUUAUUACGUCGGUGGAAUAACGACUUCAUCCGACAGAAUAACUACCAGUGAUACGGGGUCGCUUAUAAUUAAAUCUGCUCGCAUAUCAGACACCGGGACUUACGAAUGCAGAGCUUCCUCGGCAGUCGGUGGAGCUGUGAUUGGAGACUUACACCCAUUCUCCUGCUACGAGGUUUCUGUGAAGGCGUUUAAGAACGAUUUCACUUACGGCAAGAUUUGGAGCCGUGAAACCCAAGCUGAACUCGUUUUGAGUCUGGAUUCUACACCUAGUCAAGCUCCGCAACUUCGGUCCGCCAGCUGGUUAUCUGGACAUAUGGAUACCAAAUCAGGCAACAGGGCUUCACAAGUUUCAAUUGACCUGACUUUCACGGGAACAUCCCAAAACUUCAAUUCACACUCAUUUGGAUCUUCGUCGAACCGCUCGAUAUUUGGCAGUUCGUACCAGAUAAGUUCUCACGGGAUUCGGCUCAACUGGGCUCCUUUGGACCUUCACGUUUCCCAUGGAGCCCUCCUGGGUUAUUCAAUACACAUAAUCGCCAACGAAUCGGAAUUCAGUCAGUCAAAGAAGGUAACAUAA